AUGCAUCCUUCUCUCCUCUUCCUCUCGCUAACCUUGCUCCUCCCACUCGCCACGGCGGCGCCGCCGCCGCAUCUCACCAGACACCGCCGCAUCCACGCCAACGCUCCGCCGCAGGAGCACAUCGAGGUCGCCCGUCCGCUCCCCAUAGAGUCCCUCGACCUCUCGUGCGAGCUCCCCAUCCUCUCCCACGCCUUCGGCAACACCAUCGACCUCCCGCCGACCAACGACACCUACUCCCCACCGCCCGACUGCGUCUGGACCAACGCCAUCCUCCACCUCUCCGGCGCCUCCAACGGCUCGCAGUACGAUCGCAUCGCCGGCGUCUGGCUCGCCGGCGCCGAGAUCCUCCGCACCAGCACCCCCGAGCCGACCGACGACGGGAUAUUCUGGAAUGUUCGGAAGGACGUCACCAGAUACUCCUCCCUCCUCCGGCAGUCCAACCUCACCCUCUCCGUCAUGCUCGAGAACAUCGUCAACGACGUCUACACCGGCGUCUACAACCUGAAUCUCACUUUCUACUACUACUACAACGCCACCGCCGCAGACACCGUUAAUCCGCCGUUAUCUCUAUUUACCCCAAAUCGAAGGUCAAUACAGGUGAAUGAAUCUCUGGACCUAAAUAAAAACCCUGCUGAUUUGAUAAUCCCCAUAUCCGCGAGCGGCGAGGAAAGCUUCUGGUUCAAAAUCGAGAAGGAAUUAGACGCCGUUUACCACGGGGUUCAGAUUCCGUUGAACACUUACAGAGCCGUCAUCGAGGUUUACGUCUCCUUUCACGGCGACGACGAGUUCUGGUACUCUAAUCCUCCCGAUUCCUACAUCGAGACCAACAAUCUCACCACGAAGAGAGGCCACGGCGCGUACCGCGAGGUACUGAUAAAGCUCGACAACGACGUAAUUGGAUCUGUCAUCCCCUUUCCGGUCAUCUUCACCGGAGGAAUCAAUCCCCUGUUCUGGGAGCCCGUGGUCUCGAUCGGAGCUUUCGAUUUGCCCUCGUACGAAGUCGAAUUAACCCCUUUCCUAGGCAUAUUGCUCGACGGCAAAUCACACUACUUCGGGCUUGGGAUGGCCGAGGCCAUUCCAUUUUGGCUGGUGGAUGCGAAUUUGCACCUGUGGUUGGAUUACGAAAUCGAUCGGGUUCAAGCCGGGCCGAUCAAAUACAGCAGCCCAAGCACGAGCGUUGAGCGCGAGUUCAAAUUCAACCAGCUCGACGGGGAAUUUGAAACCGAGGGAGAGAGGGAGAGCAAGUUCUCCGGUUGGGUUUUCACGAGCGCCGGCAAUUUCACGACCUAUGUUACGAAUAAGUUAGAAUUAGAAAACACAAUCGAGUUCAAAAGCAAUGGUACGGAAAAAAAGGUGGAGCACGAGGUGGAGAUUAAGAGCAAUGUGCAGGUGAAAUCCGGUGUGGGAGCCAUAAUCUCAGCUCUUACAGUUGAGAGAAAGCAUUCUCUUGAAUUCACGACCGUGAAUCUCCCGGGCUCGGGGGAAGGUAAUUAUCUGGUGACCACGAAAUUGGAGCAGUCGAUGAAGGAGGAGAAGAAAGUGGAGGAAAACGGUAGUGGAGAAGUUCAGAGCAAAUUGGAUAACAAGCAGAAAGCGAACGGGCUCGGCAAGUUUGGAGCAAAGGUAUAA